AUGAGUUCACUUGGUUGGUCUCUUAUCACCUCGUUACUUGAAUCCACUGACAAAGCAUAUAUUAGGGAUACGUUUAAGGAAUCAGUACUUCCUCAUUUGGAUGCUAUAAUUCUCUCCCCUGGUCCUGGAAGCCCUGACAAGGAAUCAGACUUCGGCUUUAACUCAAAACUAAUCAGAGAAGUUAACAUACCAAUCCUGGGGAUAUGUUUGGGCCACCAAGGGAUUGGUACAGCUUUUGGAGCAAAAAUUAUACAUGCACCAAACAUCAAACAUGGCCAAGUGUGCAAAAUUCACCAUAACAAAACUGGAAUCUUUGAAGGCCUUCCCGAACAGUUUGAGGGUGUAAGAUAUAAUAGUCUUGUACUUCCAUUCAAUGGCUUACCUAAGGAGCUAGAAUUAACGGCCUGGACUUUCGAUGAAGGUGUACCAGUGGUAAUGGGCAUUAAGCAUAGCAGUCGCCCUAUCUACGGAACUCAAUGGCACCCCGAAAGCGUGUGCUCCAAAUAUGGUCAGCACAUCAUGGAUAAUUUCCGGGACAAGGUCCUCCAGUUUUGGGCUAUCCAGCCUUCGGACAUUAGCACUACUCACCACUUCUCAAGUACUGGAUUACUACCGGAUUCUAUCCUGAGCAAAAGCGCCAUUGUUAAGGAGGCCCAAGGUACAUUCAAUCCCCAAAAUGAAAGGCCGUGGUCAAUAGCAACAGAUGGUGUCCGUGAUGCGCAUUCAAGAAAUUCGUACUUGGGCAUUGGUGCAUUUACGCUAUGCUACUGGUCAGAAACUGGAAAACUCUCUGUCUCUCAACAAGGAAAGCAAGUCAAGUCAGAAAAGCUUACGACUUCCUAUUGGUCAUGGCUCGACCAGUUCCAGCGGACCAUCAUUGAGCAAAAUGUUGCAUCUGUACAGCCAGAUCUACUCGGAGAGGAUACCCAAGCGGGCCAGCCAUUGCUUCAGGUUGGACUGAUUGGGUACUUCGGGUAUGAGAUGAAACGUGAAUCCCUACCUGGUUACAGAUAUAGGAAGUCAACUGAGAAGGAAAACACCCAUUCUGUUCCGGACAGCCAGCAUCUCUUUACCAACGUUGUUCUGAGGCUGGACAAUUACACGGGUGAAUGGAUGGCCUUCGGUCUGAUUCGUCGUGGAGAAGAAGACCCAAUCGGAAAAUUUAUCGGUGCCCAUUCACCGAUUGGUCUUACCCAGCAUGAAUAUGAAUGUAUUCUUUCGAACACUCGUGAACUAUUUGCCGCGCCACCCUCACCACCAUAUACUCUCCCAACAUCUUUACCCAGCUUUGAAGCCAUUGACGAUGAAAAUUCAUAUAGCCAGAAAAUCCAUGCUGCUCAGCAGGCUAUAAAAGAGGGUGAAACAUACGAAGUCACAUUGACCACGCGAUUCAGAGCACACUGCCCAGAUGUGGAUCCCUAUUCACUAUACCUAUCACUUCGAAGCCGCAACCCCGCCCCAUACUCUGCAUACAUCCACUUCCCGGUUAGCGACACAACUAUACUUUCCUCUUCUCCUGAACGAUUUAUAUCGGUCGACGGAGAUGGAAUUGCAGAAAUGAAGCCGAUCAAAGGCACCCUAGCAAUUGUUGAUCUGAUUCGCUCCGAUCUGCACAAUAUUUCCCCCUCCAAGUCGAUACAGGUUCCAAAGUUACUUCAAGUUGAAAGCUAUGAGACUGUACAUCAGCUUGUUACCACCAUCCAAUCUCAAAUCGCCAAAAAUGUUGGGGGUGUCAAAGUUGUGGAGCGUUGCUUCCCACCAGGCUCCAUGACCGGCGCCCCAAAGCUUCGGUCAGUGAAGAUAAUUGAUGAGCUUGAGGGAGAACCAGAACGUGGAAUAUAUUCUGGCUCCUUAGGUUAUAUGUGCGCCAGUGGAACUAUUGAUCAGUCCGUCAUAAUACGCACUAUAGUCAAAAAUGGGGCUGACCUUGAGCUCGGCGCUGGAGGCGCCAUCACCUGGCUAAGUGAACCUGAUAAAGAAUGGGACGAGGUUAUGGUAAAAGCGAAUGCGGUUGCCAAGGCGCUCCCUCAACAGAGCUAA